UUAAUUCCCUCGUUUUCUUUCCUUUUUUCCCAUUUUAGCUGAGGGAGUAGUGAUUUGAUUCCUCCCGUGUUGUAAUUGUCGCGGACCACCCAUUUCACACCAUCAAUUAAGCUUCAUCCCCACUACAUUAAUCUUCGAUAUUUUGGAUAAGAUAUGUCUUUACUUGUUUGUUUCUACUUGGGUUUCUGUUAAUUUGCCUCGUUAUCCAUGUAUUUCGAUUCUUCAUGCAAUCUCUAGUUCACUCCGAAUGACGAUGAAUUCCAUGUUCUUUUGUUGUUCUUGAACGAUUCUCUUGAUUUGUUUUUUGUUUUCUAAUUGUUCUUGUUGUACAGUUAUUUAUAUUAAGAGUUUUGGUUUAAUUGGAUUAUAGAGUUGCUGUCAGUGUUGAAGUUGUUGGGAUUUUGAUACUUUUCCUCGAUAAACAUGAAAUCGCUUGAAUCGAAACAUGUGUUUGCGUCUAAAAUAUUCCAUGUGGGAAGAACAUACUCUUUCAGGCACAUACUUGGCGUUAACUACUCUCCACAGUUCUGUUCUUGCAGAGGAAUAUUUCUGAAGGCUUGUGGUUCAAGUACUUCAAAUAAUAAAGUCUCAACAGAAUCAUUUUCAUAUCAGAUGAAUGGAACAAGUGGGACAAGUUCAAUGCCGUAUUCUAGAGAUUUGAGAGUACUUGAUGCAUUUGACGAUGAGUAUGGGGGAGUUGUUGUUGAUCCACAAAAAUUACCAGAUAACCCAGUUGCCUUUGCUUCUAUCCUUCAUGCCUCUCUGUCUCAUUGGAAAAAGAUGGGAAAGAUGGGAGUUUGGCUUAACUUACCUGUGGAACGAUCUGAGCUUGUUCCCAUUGCUGUAAAGGAAGGCUUCCAAUACCACCAUGCGGAGCGAGGAUAUGUGAUGUUAACAUACUGGAUACCUGAAGGGCCUUGCAUGCUUCCUGCUAAUGCUUCACAUCAAGUAGGGGUUGGGGGAUUUGUCAUUAAUGACAGCAAUGAGGUUCUUGUAGUGCAAGAGAAACACUGUGCUCCAGCUUUUGUUGGUCUUUGGAAAAUACCGACUGGUUUUAUUCUUCAGUCAGAGGAGAUUUUUACAGGAGCUGUAAGAGAAGUCAAGGAGGAAACUGGGAUUGAUACGGAAUUUCAGGAAGUUAUAGCAUUCAGGCAUGCACAGAAUGUGGCUUUUGAAAAGUCAGAUUUGUUCUUCAUCUGCCUGCUAAGACCCCUAUCAACUCAUAUCAUAAUCGAUGAUCUUGAAGUUCAAGCAGCUAAGUGGAUGCCUCUGGUUGAAUUUGUGGAGCAACCACUUAUACAAGAAGACUACAUGUUCAAGAAAAUCAUCGACAUCUGCAUCGCCCGCCUAGGGAAGCAGUAUUGCGGCUUAUCUGCUCAUACAAUGAUCUCCAAAUUUGAUGGCAUGUCAUCUUCCCUGUACUACAAUGUUAUAGACACUCAAGAUUUCAACUGUACAGGCAGUUGAUUGAAGCUGUUUCACUCAUAACUCUACAUAUAACAUGUAAAUAUGACACUGGUCUUUCUAACAUAUAUUGUCUUUAAAUGUAAAAUGUGUCCAUUGUACAUGCUUCACCAUAACUCAUUUCUAAAUGUUGGACAAAUUAAGCCUGAUCCAGUUUUACCAU